AUGCGUGCAAGAAGUCCACCUCGGAGGUUCUCUCCACGCAGAGAUGAUCGAAGAGCUCGAACACCACCCAGAAGAGAUGAGAGGAGACGAUCCAGGUCUCCAUUUGAGCGUGAUCGUCCAUUGCAGCGAGCUAGAUCACCACCAUUUCGAAGAUCCCCUCCAGCUGGUCCUCGUGGUGGAUUCCGGCCGCGCUCUAGAAGUCCAGAGAGAAGAGACGAUCGAAGAGAUGAUCGAAGAGAUGAUCGUGUACCAACUGGACCAAGUUCUGCAAAUUGGAGACGUCGGUCACCGUCACCACCUUCUGGUAGAACUUCAGGAAAUACGUCCCGUCGAUCUUCUCCUCCAAUACAUCCAGAACGCCUUCACCUUACACAGCCCUCAUCUAGAGACUCGAGACCACGUUCACCACUUACACGAGAGCGUUCUCCUCCAACACAGCUUGCGUACCGAGAAAGAGAUUCUGCUAGGUCAACUCCUCGAGAACGCUCACCAGCUCGGCCUUCUGUACCAAGAUCUCCACCGCGAGGACCCGCAGCAUUUCGACCACCUACAGGCCCGAGUGGAAAUCGGAACUUCACCGCACCAACUCAAUCAUCCAUUGGUAACCACACAAAUCAGUCCACUCCCAUUGUGCCACCUGCUGGACCUCGAGGCUAUGUUCCUCCAGUUGGUCGGGGUGCUUACAGAGGCGGAAGAGGUUCAUUUGGCAGCGACCGCAGCACUAGACCAGAUACCUCCAACUGGGGAGCAGCACCACCGCAUCGUAACACUCCAGAUGUUGCACCAAGAAUUACGGCUCCAGUUGCACAGCCCCGACCAAUACAGACACCAUCUCCAGUAGCUGCAACUACACCAUCAGCACCCGCUAUUCCUACAGGCCCUGCAGCCAUUCCAACAGGACCAAGAGCAGGUGUCUCCUCUAGACCACCCAUCCUUCAGCAUUCUUCUAGCGUGUAUAGUCGCAAUUCUUCUAUCUCAGCUGCCAACAAUGGUCCACGCUCUCACCCUGCCUUGCACGGAAUGCCUCAAAUCAUUCCAGGCGGUCGCAUCGAUCCAACAGCCACGGGAAUGACACCUGAAAUCACAUCGCAUAUGAAGAAGCUGGAAGAGGAAGAGGAGAUACUACGGAUAAAACUUUACUCUAAAGAGGAAACCCUCAGACAGUCACUCAAGCAAUGGGAUAGACUCAGCCGAGAGUCUGCGGCCAUGAGCCUUAGGACGGAGUUGAGCGAGAGACAUGUUCGGCAAUUGGCGGGUGAAGGUGUUGGUGGUGCUGCUUUUUAA